AUGGAUAAGACGUGGAUUUGGCUUCCAAGGAAUAGUCACGAGUACUCAGAAGGAGCAACUAAUUUCCUGAAUUUGUCAGCAAGAAGAUUGGGAAGUCUGUCUGAAAUGCUAUGCCGUUGUAGAGACUGCCGCAAUCUGAGCCAUCACUCACUGGAUAAAAUUGUGGAGCAUUUGGUGAUUAGGGGUAUGGAUAAGAAGUAUAAGAGUUCUUGUUGGAGUAUUCAUGGUCAAAAUAAAUAUUCUGCAGAAGACAUUGUUGUUCAAUAUGAAACAGAGGCAUUUGAUUUGUUUAAGACGACAUUCUCCAUGGAUGAAGGUGGUCCAAAUCAGAGAACUGACAAUGGGGUAGAGACAAAUGAAGAUGAUGAAGCACUAGAGGAAACUGAGUUUAGAAAAAAGCUAAGCGACGCUCAAACACCAUUGUACUCGGAUUGUAUCAAACACACGAAGGUUUUAGCUAUCAUGGGACUUUACAGAUUCAAGGUUAAAAGUGGUGUGUCGGAGAACUACUUUGAUCAGCUGUUGGUUUUACUUGAGGAUUUGCUACCUGAAGCCAAUGUCCUUCCCAAGAGUUUAGCUGCAAUCAAGAAAUUUCUGAAGAUCUUUGGGUUCGGCUACGACAAUAUUCAUGCUUGCAAGAAUGAUUGCAUACUGUAUAGGAAGGAGUAUGAGAACCUAGAAAGCUGUCCAAGAUGCAAAGUUUCAAGAUGGAAAAUGGAUAAGCACAAUAAUGAGAUAAAGGUCGGGAUUCCGGCAAAGGUCCUUAGAUAUUUUCCAAUCAAGGACAGAUUUAGGAGGAUGUUUAGAUCAAAAAGGAUGGCUGAAGAUCUGCGUCGGCACUAUACCAAUGCCGCUGAAGAUGGUACAAUGCGACACCCCGUUGAUUCUAUCUCUUGGGCACAAGUGAAUGAUAAAUGGCCAGACUUUGCUGCUGAUCCAAGGAAUCUUCGACUUGGGAUUUCUACAGAUGGGAUGAACCCUUUCUCCAUGCAAAACACCAAUCACAGCACAUGUCCAGUGUUGUUAGUGAACUAUAACACGCCUCCAACCAUGUGUAUCAAGGCUGAGAAUAUAAUGUUUACAUUGUUGAUCCCUGGUACAACAGCUCCGUGUAAUAACAUAGAUGUUUACCUAGCACCACUGAUAGACGAUCUAAAAUAUUUGUGGGCUGAGGGUAUUGAAGUGUACGACUCAUUUGCGAAGGAGUAUUUCAAACUCAGAGCCUUGCUGCUUUGGAGUAUCAGUGACUAUCCAGCCUUAGGAACACUGUCUGGAUGUAAAGUAAAGGGGAAACAAGCCUGCAAUGUAUGUGGAAAGGAUACACCUGCAAGGUGGCUUAAGUUUAGCCGCAAGUUUGUCUACAUGGGAAACAGAAAGAGACUAUCGCCUGGCCAUCGUUACAGAUAUAAAAAAGCUUGGUUUGACAACACUGUGGAGGAAGGGAAUGCAAAUAGGAUACAAACUGGCGAUGAGAUAUAUGAGACACUACAAGCUUUUAAGAAUGAUUUGGAGUUGCCUGUUCGUCACAAUAUUGAUGUUAUGCACGUAGAAAAGAAUGUGUCGGAUGCUAUAUUGUCUCUCUUGAUGCAAAGUGCGAAGUCAAAAGAUGGGUUGAAAUCAAGAAAAGACUUAGAAGAUAUUGGAAUCAGAAAGCACUUGCACACAGAGGUGAGGGGAAAUAAAACAUACUUACCUCCAGCUGCCUACUGGUUAUCGAAGAAAGAGAAGACCAUUUUCUGCCAAAGGUUAGCUAAGUCUAGAGGUCCUGAUGGUUAUUGUGGCAAUAUUGCGAAUAGUGUUUCAGUUAACCCUCCAAAUAUUGGUAGUUUAAAGUCGCAUGGUCAUCAUGUCCUAGUACAGAACUUGUUACCAGCUGCAUUAAGAGGGUUGUUACAUAGGGGUCCUAGGAUAGCCAUAAAUAGAUUAUGCAGUUACUUCAACAGGUUGUGUCAGCGCAUCAUUGACCCGGAGAAACUUAUAUCCAUGGAGACAGAGUUUGUGGAAACAAUGUGUCAACUGGAGACCUUCUUCCCUCCAGCCCUUUUUGAUAUCAUGUUCCACUUUCCAAUACAUCUAUCAAAAGAGGCACGCUUGGGAGGACCAAUAUACUUCCGCUGGAUGUAUCCCUUCGAAAGAUACAUGAAAACACUAAAGGCUUUUGUUAAGAAUUAUGCAAGGCCAGAAGCAUGUAUGGUUGAGGCGUAUUUAGCUGGAGAAUGCGUUGCAUUUUGUUUAAAGUUCCUUAAAGAUUCAGUACCAGUUCAAGAAGCAGUUAAUCAUAUUGAAGAUGUUGAGGCUGGCAGAAUGGUGGUUGAAGGCCGACCUCUGCAAAAGGGUAUAGAGGUUGCCCUUCCAGAUAAAGACAGAGACAUUGCACAUCGCUAUGUGCUAAUGAACAUGGCAUCUUUGGAUCCCUUUCUUGACUUCACUCUUGUUAACCUUCAUAUGAACCAAGCAGCCUAUUUGAAAGAUCCAUUCAUUCUACCUUCUCAAGCGAAACAGGUUUUCUACUCUAGGGAGGAUGAUCAUUCAAAUUGGUAUGUUGUUAUGAGAGCACCACCUAGACGUUAUCAUGAGUUGGAAACAGAAGAGGAUUUAGGUGGUACACCUUUGCCUGUCCAAGAAGUUGAUGAUAUGGGUGAUGAAGCUUCAGAUGAUGAUAGUGUUUAUGUUAGGGAUGAGUGUGAAGGUUUAUUAGUGGUAGAUUGA